CUCUUUCUUUACAUUCUUUGUUUUGGGCUCUGUUUCUCUUUCUAGGUGAGGAGCAAGAGAGAGAGAGACGCGCACGAUCUAUAUUUAGACACAAAUAUAUCUACAUAUAUACAUGAUACAGUCACAUACACAUAUAUAAUUAUAUGUUUUUUUCCAUAUAGAGAGAGAAGGGAUGGGGUGUUUUCGUUGUUCUGGAGAAUCAUCAAUUAAGAAACCAGAGAAGUUGAGGAAAAACAUUGACUAUAAUCCCCACAAAAGAGCCGAUCAUGCAUCGCCAAAUAGAGAUGCGUCAAAAGUGAGUACGGCUAAAGGUGCGAAGGAAGAGACUGAGGUCCUAAACCAACGUGCCGGGGAAAGGAAGAUGGGUGCUAGUAAGAGCCCUUCUAGUGAUGGAGAGACAAAUAGUGUCAAAGCACGAACCUUUACGUAUGCUGAAUUACUGGCUGCGAUGCAGAAUUUCAAGGCAGAAAACUUUUUGGGCGAGGGCGGUUUUGGAAAAGUUUAUAAAGGUCAUUUGCAGGAGACUGACGAGAUUGUAGCUAUAAAGCAACUUGAUCGCAAUGGAUGCCAGGGGAUUCGGGAAUUUGUAGUAGAAGUUUUGACAUUGAAUAUGGCCAACCACCCUAAUCUUGUUAAAUUGAUUGGUUAUUGUGCUGAAGGAGAUCAGAGGCUGUUAGUCUAUGAGUUCAUGCAGCUAGGUUCAUUGGAGGACCAUUUGCACGACCAUCGUCCAAAUACAAAACGGCUCGAUUGGAAUACUAGAAUGAGGAUUGCUGCUGGUGCUGCAAAAGGCUUGGAGUAUUUGCAUGACAAGAUGAAACCACCUGUUAUAUAUCGUGAUCUGAAAUGCUCCAACAUUUUGCUUGGGGAAGGAUAUUAUCCGAAACUGUCUGAUUUUGGAUUGGCAAAAGUGGGCCCAUCAGGAGAUCAGACGCAUGUCUCCACCAGAGUGAUGGGCACAUAUGGAUAUUGUGCACCUGAAUACGCAAUGACUGGCCAACUGACUUUCAAGUCCGACAUUUACAGUUUUGGUGUUGUUCUUCUGGAGAUCAUUACGGGGAGGAAAGCUAUCGACAAUCGAAAAACUGGUGCAGAGCAAUAUCUUGUUGCAUGGGCUCGACCAUUUUUCAAGGACCGGAAAAAAUUCUACAAAAUGGCUGAUCCAGCACUGGAAGGCCAAUAUCCCGUAAGAGGCUUAUACCAGGCUCUCGCAAUUGCUGCAAUGUGUGUGCAGGAAGAACCCAACAUGCGGCCCCUCAUUGCAGACGUCGUUUCAGCACUGAAUUACCUUGCGUCCCAGACAUAUGAUCCUAGUAGAGUGAAAGGAGAUGGAGAACCGAAAUCUCCCCGAGCUACAGGUCUGAUUUAAGCAGUUUGCUGUCCUCCCGGUUAUCAGUUUUCUCUUCCCUUGGUAACUGGUGCUUGCUACAUAGGAUUAGGUCGUUUGUCCUACCCCGGUCCACCCUCUAUUUAAAUGUGAAUACGAGGUAAUGUAUGUAACAUUCCUUGAUUCGAAGAACAAAGUAAAAUAAAAAAGGGUGCUUUACAAGUUGUUGGCCAUUGAUAGAAAUACAGUUGAUGCAUGAUACAUUAUUGCAUCUGUUAUAUAAAUGGCUUCUCAUUAGUGUACUAUACUGAGUUAUAAAACCA